UAUAUAAUAUAUGAUUGAACUGUUUCAAAAGCACGCGACAAGUUCCAUGGGAUAAUUGUGGGGGAAGUGGUUAUACAUUUACUUAAAUUUUUUUUACCGGAAAACAAUUUUAAGCUUUUUAUUUUUGCAUGCAACUGAAAGGGUAAUUAACCCCACAACUCUUCCCAAUUUUAUUUAUCUCUUCUGGUAAUUUUUUGUUGAAAAACUUUGGAACAAUCGGUACUCAUUGUGGCAAAUGGAAUUCGCUUGAAGUCGGCACACAAAAAAAAAAAAACACUUGUCUGGAAUUUUUUCGAGAAAUUAAUAACAAAGAUCGGGUUACCCGACUUAUCCAGAAGUGGUCUAAUGGCUUUUUUUUUAGCGGCUGCGUGGGAAUACGGCUAUAUGUCUAUUUUUUACCUGUCUAACAUAGUCUGGCCCGAUGAGUCAGGUAGAUAUAUUUAUGAUUAUCUUGAUCUAUAGCUCUCGAUUACGGAAUAUAGAGAUAAGCCUGCCACUGAUGGCUUCCAAAUACCAGAGAGAUAUAUAAAAUAUAUAUACGAUUUUGAUACGAUGCACGGCAGUAACAAUUGUUAGUGACGUUGCUAAAAAUCGCUCGUAUUUUUUUGUGUUCAGCCGUAACAAUACGAAGCGUUAUCGCGAAACAGUAAAUUUCGGUUGACGGUUUUCGGUACUCGGUUAACCAUUUUCGGUUAUAACGGUUCCCGGGCUCUCGGCCAUAUUGAUGGGUCAGUUAGUUAGUCCGCGGAUCGUGCGACGAGUGCAUCUCCAUAAUGUCAUCUGCCCGGAGUCUCAUCAUUGCCACUGGCUUCCUGCUUGUGGCUCUUAUUCUGCCGCCAGUUCGCCCCAAUCCCUUUGCGCCCCGAGCCGAGGUGGCCACCGAAUUCAUUAUCCUCCACAACAAUGACAUGCACGCCCGGUUCGAGCAGACCAACGUGAACAGCGGCACCUGCUCCGAGGAGGAUGCCAACACGAAUCAGUGCUAUGGAGGCUUUGCCAGAGUGGCCUACGAGGUUCGGAAGUAUCGCAAGGAAGCCCAGGAGGGCGGCACUCCAGUCUUUUAUCUAAACGCUGGAGAUACUUACACUGGAACUGCGUGGUUCACCAUUUUCAAGGACAAGAUCGCCAGUGCCUUCCUCAAUAUGUUGUCUCCUGACGCCAUUUCCCUGGGCAACCAUGAAUUCGAUGAGAAUGUUGCUGGUCUGGUGCCCUUCCUUAACAAUGUCUCCUUCCCCGUUCUGGCCUGCAACCUGAACCUGACCAAGGAACCCGAACUAUUGGCUGCCAAGCAGUUGGUCAACUCCACAGUUCUGGAGACCAAUGGGGUUAAGAUUGGUGUGAUUGGUUACCUGACCCCGGACACCAAAACCUUGGCAGAAAAGAACAAUGUGGAGUACAACGAAGAGAUUGUUUCCAUCAACGCUGAAGCUGAAAAACUAAAGGCCCAGGGCAUUAAUAUCAUCAUUGCUUUGGGUCACUCUGGCUACCAGAAGGACCAGGAAAUCGCCAAGAACUGCCCAGAGGUGGACAUCGUGAUUGGUGGACAUUCGCAUACUUUCCUGGAUGCCAGUCAGCCCGUGGCCGAUCCCACAGAUACCAAUCCCGAGGCGGUGCGAGGUCCCUAUCCUACCACAGUGGUUCAGGACAGUGGCAAGAAGGUGCCGGUGGUUCAGGCCUAUGCUUACACCAAGUACCUUGGCAAGAUUCAUGUGCAGUUUGAUGCCGCUGGAAAUCUCAUCGAGUUCGAUGGCGCUCCGAUCCUUCUGAAUGCUUCCGUGGCUCAGGACCAGGAACUGCUGAACCUUUUGGAGGAAUACCGUCCUGGCGUGGAGGAGCUGGAGAAAACCGUUUAUGGCUAUACCAAGGUGUUUCUAGAGGGCGGAAACAUCUGCCGGAUGAGGGAGUGCAAUCUCGGUAAUCUGAUCACCGAUGCCAUGAUCUUUUCUCGAGUCCUGGAGAACAAGGGAGGCGAGUUCUGGACGGAUGCUUCUAUUGCCUUGAUGCAGGGAGGAGGUAUUCGAGCAUCCAUCGAAAAGGAAAGUGAGGGAGCCAUCACUGGCAGCGCUCUGCUUACCGUUCUUCCCUUCGACAACGAUUUGUUUGUAACCAGGAUUAGUGGAUCGACCCUUCUGGCCGUUUUGGAGCACUCGGCUGUUGUCAGGGAGCAGGACUCCAAUGGCGGAUUCCUGCAGAUGUCUGGCCUUAAAAUCAUAUACAACUUCAACAAUGCCGUAGGACAGCGAGUGGUCUCUGCCCAGGCACUCUGUGCUGAGUGCGCCGUUCCCUCCUACAAGAACGUCAAUGAGACUGCCCUCUACAAUAUCAUCAUACCCUCUUUCCUGCUGGAAGGAGGCGAUGGCUUCAACUUCACCGAAGAGUCAGAUGCCUUCACCGAACGCCUGCUGCGUAAUGAUCUCAAUUCCACCAUGGAGUAUUUGAAACAGCGGCACUAUGUCUAUCCGGAGAUUGAGGAGCGAAUUGUGAUCAGGGAAAGGGUCGAUACGGGUUCGGCUUCCGGAAUCGUGGCUUCCGUAACCCUGCUCCUGCUGUCCUCCCUGCUGACCAGAUUCUUCUAGACAUCAGAAUUUGAGAUUUGUUCAUUAGAUUAUAGAAAAUUGUAGACGGAGCUGUGUUCCUCCUUUAAUGCAAUCAGGUCAGCUGCUUUUUAUUGGCAAAGUCUGGUUGCUUAUUAGUUUUGCCUUAAAUUACUUAUUAAUGGGAUUAGCCAAUGCACGAAACGAUGUAAACCAUAUGGCAAAUAAAUGUUGUUUUUUAAACCUAA